AUGAUAAGUAAAGAUAAUCAGUUGAUAGAGGAAAUAGUACGUAUAGAACAAACAAUACAAAAUGUUGUAAGACAACUUCAAUAUGUAAAAUACCAACUCUCCAGGGAAUUCGAGGAGAAGCCAACCGCUUCUUAUUAUCCUCCGUCCAGUACAGCCGCAGCAGCUACCACAACAAUCAAUUCACCACAUCAUCGAAAGUGGAAAAACUAUGAUUACAACAACAGUAGCGGUGCCACUGCCAAUGGCAAUACAUCGAGUGGUCCAAGCAGCAGCAGCAGUAGUAGUGAUCAUAAAGGUGCACUUACCAUCGAUCUGGAAUCUAUCUCUUCAUUUAGAAAUUUUGAGACACCCCAGCUACAGACUGUGACGCCGCCACCACAACAGCAAUUGCAACAGCAGAGAAGCAGCAUCAUUGGACAACGACGUCAAGUUCCAAGACUUAAUAUUCGUGACUCUUCAAAUCCAACCGUUUUAAAGAAAUGGAUUGAAGAAACAUUGAAAUCUCCAACUGUCCAACAAGCUUUAAACCAUGUUUCCAAUUCAUCACCAUCAACAGAGAAGAUUAUUGAACAACAAAUACCAUCAACCAACAAUAAUUCUUCAGAUAAUAACAAAUGUAAUUGUAAUAAUAAUAGUAGUGAUAGUAAUAGUAAUAGUGAUAAUAGUAAAAGUAUUAAAUCGGUUGUUGAACAAAAUCAACAAAUACAAUAUAGAACAAGUAAUUUUCCAUAUAAAGUAAAAUUGGAUGUCGGUGGAAAACAUUUUUCGACAACAGUAUCGACUUUGACAAAACAUCCGGAAUCAAUGUUGGCAGCAAUGUUUUCACAACGAUUUGAAUUACCGAUUGAUCAGGAUGGUCGAAUAUUUAUAGAUAGAGAUGGUAAAUUGUUCUCACAUAUUUUGGCGUAUCUGCGUGACGGUCCUAUUUGGAGUCCACCAACUAAUUUCGAGCUGCGGAAACGUCUGGAGAUUGAAUUUCAAUACUAUGGUUUGACAGGUCCACUUGCACCGCUUGGACUGGUCAGUCCGGUGGCAACACCGCGUUGCGUGUGCACCGUACAGCAUCUCACACUUGGACAGGAGGCACAUCAUCAAGGUGCCUGGGAUGAGUUGGCCGACUUUGCACCCGGUAUCAAAUCAUUCCGUAUGUUGGUGUCGUCGGAUUCGCGUAUCUACGCCAUCACCGAGCGAACCAUGCUCAACGGCUCUGCAAACGGUGGAACACCGCAAACGAUAUUCCAAUUCGAAGAAUACAAUCCCGUAUAUAACAAUUGGACACUGAAAGGACCGAUCUUGGAGUCGAUGAACUCCUACUAUUUGGUGUCGGCAGUAGUUGGCGAUACUAUUUACGCGAUACCCGAUGCCGGACUGAAACAGCCAGUGUUUUGUUUCGAGCGGGCGGAAUCACGUUGGCGAAUGUUGGAUACACAGCUGCCAACUGGAAAGACAGCUUUCUCGUUGGUUGCACUCGAUGAAUAUCUCUAUGUGAUUGGCGGUUAUCAGGGAUCCAAACCGGCAGAGUUUGUAGAUCGUUAUCAUCCACGCACGAACGCGUGGUGUCAAGUGGCGGCAAUGACAACCAAGAAAUCGGCAGAGUGUUCAGCUGUUGCUGUCGACGAUUCGAUCGUCGUGGUCGGUGCCAACGGCGCCACAGUCGAGCGAUAUCACACGCACGCAAACUCAUGGUCACUGGUUCAAAGUGGAAACAAUCGAUUCAAUAUCAGUAGUGUAGCGGUAUUGGAUGGUAGAAUCUACGCGAUCGGCUCAGAGAAUGAGUACGAAGGUAUCAAUUUAGUACUUCAAUACAAUUGGAGCACCAAUGAAUGGCGCAGAGUUGCACCAAUAGUUUAUAAUGCAUAUUACUCAACCUCUGCAUUGGUAGUCGAUAGAUAUAUUUAUUUUGUUCCAUGGACUGGCGCAACCAUCGUUAAACGUUAUGAAUCUUGUACAAUAUAUGAUUGA